UUUUUUAAUAAUGUGGAGACAGAGAAAGGGACAGAAGGAAGGAUCCUCUUUGGCUCUCUGAGAAGACAAGAGGUGAAAAUCUUGAUCUAAUCUGAAAAAAAUAACACAAUCCAUGAAGAAAGCAUCAGAGGUUUCAUCAAGCUCAAAGCCCACAAAACAAGUUCUUCCUCAUCAAACACCAAGACUCACUGAUCACUACUUAGUUGGCCAGAAACUAGGACAAGGCCAAUUUGGAACAACAUAUCUUUGCACAGACAAGUCCUCUGGAGAAGAUUAUGCAUGCAAAUCAAUACCGAAACGGAAGCUUUUUUGUCAAGAGGAUUAUGAAGAUGUGUGGAGAGAGAUACAGAUGAUGCACCACUUAUCUGAACAUGCACAUGUAGUUAGGAUCAGAGCUACUUAUGAAGAUAAUUUGUGUGUACAUCUUGUCAUGGAGUUGUGCAAAGGUGGUGAGCUUUUCGAUAGGAUUGUACAAAAGGGUCAUUAUAGUGAGAAGAAAGCUGCAGAGCUGAUGAAGACAAUCGUCAAGGUUGUGGAGGGCUGUCAUGCUCUUGGGGUUAUGCAUAGAGAUCUUAAGCCUGAGAAUUUCUUGUUUGAUUCCCCUGAUGAAGAUGCUAAGCUUAAGGCUAUUGAUUUUGGGCUGUCUGUGUUCUACAAGCCUGGUCAGUAUCUUUCUGAUGUUGUUGGAAGUCCUUAUUAUGUUGCGCCUGAGGUGUUGUAUAAAUAUUAUGGUCCGGAAAUCGACGUUUGGAGUGCUGGCGUUAUAUUAUACAUCUUACUGUCUGGAGUUCCACCCUUUUGGGCAGAAACCGAGUCUGGUAUUUUCAGAAAGAUUUUAAAAGGAAAAAUUGACUUUGAAUCUGAUCCAUGGCCGCAGAUUUCAGAAAGCGCGAAAGAUUUGAUACGGAAGAUGCUUGAAAGAAGCCCGAGAGAAAGAAUAACUGCUCAUGAAGUCUUAUGUCAUCCUUGGAUCCUGGAUGACAGGGUUGCCCCAGACAAGCCUUUGGAUUCUGCAGUUCUGACACGACUGAAGCAGUUCUCAGCUAUGAACAAACUAAAAAAGAUGGCCUUACGUGUGAUAGCAGAAAGUCUUUCUGAAGAAGAGAUUGGGGGCUUGAAGCAAUUGUUCAGAAUGAUUGACACGGACAACAGUGGCACUAUAACAUUCGAGGAGCUGAAACAGGGAUUGAGAAGAGUCGGCUCUAAUCUAAUGGAGUCUGAGAUCCAUCAUCUUAUGAAUGCGGCUGAUAUUGACAAGAGUGGCACAAUUGACUACGGAGAAUUUCUGGCUGCUACCUUGCACAUGAACAAGAUGGAGAGGGAGGAGAACUUGGUUAGAGCAUUCACUUACUUUGACAUGGAUGGCAGUGGUUACAUAACCUUUGACGAGCUUCAACAGGCCUGCAAAGACUUUGGUGUCGACGAGGUUAAACUGGACGAGAUGAUUAGUGAGAUUGAUACUGAUCAUGACGGACGUAUAGAUUACAGUGAAUUUGCUACAAUGAUGAGGAAGGGCGACGGAGGAGUUGGGAGCAGAAGCAUGAGGGGAAAUCUCAACUGUAACUUGGCACAAGCUCUGGGAACUACUCACUCCACAUGUCUUCAUGGAGCCGUCGACCCCUUAAAACAAACUUAACCAUUCGGAAAUACUCAUGCCUAACUCACAAAUUUAUAUUUUAUCCACUACUGGAGUUUUAUUCAUAAGACCAAAAUUUAACAACAAAUUAGCAGAAGAUUAGGCCAAAUAUUAGAUUAGAUAAUGUUUAAUUUUCAAAUUUUAUAUUGGUUUCUA